UUUUAUUUUUUUUGUUUUUAAUUUGGCAGUUCUUAAUUCUCUCUCCUUAUCUGAUCUUCUUCUCCGACUUCCUGACUCGCGUCUUCUCCAUUUCCUCACCCCGAAAGAACUCUCCCCGGCGCUCUGAAAAUGGCGGCUUCUACUUCCGCGUGCUUCCGCCCUCCUCCUCCUCUCUCGGCUUCUGCCACACUCCGUCCGGCGGAGCUCAGUUCCAGCUCCGCCAUCUCCUUCCCUUUCAACCUCUCCGCCGACGUCAGAGGAUUAGGUCUCCGUUUAGCCAGCUCCCCGUCGUCUUCUCCCCUCAAGGUCGUUUGCAUGCGCGGAUCCAAAGGUGGCAAGAAAGAGAAAACGGCAAAACCCGACCCAGUUUACCGUAACCGAUUAGUUAGCAUGUUCGUUAACCGAGUCCUGAAAAAUGGGAAGAAGUCACUGGCUUAUUUCAUCAUGUACCGAGCCUUGAGAAGGGUUCAGGAAAAGACGGGGCAGAAUCCGUUGGCAGUGUUGAGGGACGCAGUGCAAGGAGUUACUCCUGAUGUAGCUGUGAAAUCUAGGCGAGUUGGGGGUGCCACUCAACAGGUUCCUGUUGAAGUAGACACGACUCAGGGCAAAGCGCUUGCGAUUCGUUGGUUGUUGGUGGCAGCUCGAAAGAGGCAAGGUCGGGAUAUGGUGUUCAAACUAAGCAAUGAGCUGAUCGAUGCCGCCAAAGGAAGUGCAGCAACAGUUGUUACCAAGGACUCCUGGGAGAAGUCAAUUCUGAAAAGCGAUACCCCGGUCUUAGUUGAGUUCCAUGCAAGUUGGUGUGGCCCCUGUAAAAUGGUCCACCGUGUGAUUGAUGAGCUUGCUGGGGAGUAUCAAGGACGAAUCCAGUGCUUCGUGCUCAAUGCGGACAAUGAUUCGGACAUUGCUGAGGACUAUGACAUUAAGGCUGUGCCUGUGGUUCUGCUUUUCAAGAAUGGAGAAAAGCAAGAGACUGUGGUUGGUACCAUGCCCAAGGAAUUCUAUGCUGCUGCAAUCGAGAGGGUUCUGAAGCCAUGAAUGCCUCUUUCUUUUCUCUUCUCCGUCGAGCAUAAUAGAAACUCGGAUCGACGAUUUCCUGUUGUUGUUUGUUUGUUUUUCUCUGGUUCUUGCUAUCAGGUGUGUGGUGGAAUUUUGUUUUGGCUUUGAGUUGUCUACUAGAACAUACAUAUAUAGAGCUGAUGAAACAUAUAUGCUCAUUGCUGGCUUCUGCAAAUAGUUGCAAACGGGUUUACCUGCACCUUGAUGUGGUUGGAAGCUUAUGACAUGUUGUGCAUCCUCUUUUCAUCUGUAUCUACAACGUUUUAAUAAAUAACCGUUGAUUUAGAUUUGAGUUCCCCUCAAACUCUAUCGUCGAAGAUCUCAUCUCUCUGUUUACUUGGGAGAGAAGUUUCUUUUGGGAUUGAAGAGUCUG